UGGUUUCACCGGCGUGUUUCGAGACUCUCACUGCGCCAGUGCAUGUCGGUCUGCGGCGCUCGUCGGGCGCCGUGUGCUCGCGCUCCUGGUCUGUAGAGCGCGCACUCUGUUUCGGUCGGCGUCUGCAGCGCUUGUCGCACCUGGCCACUUUGCCGGUUCGCAUCUGGCUGCAGAUCGGAGGUGAAAUGUGCCCCCCUCGGCGGAGCACCAUGUGACGGUGUGCGUACGACGGAAGGACUGUUAAGGCGCUGCCUGUCAGUUGCGCGUCGCCGUUGUGGGAACAGACGGAACAACUUGAGCAGAACAAAUAACAGUUGCGAAAGACUCCAGCUGGUCCUGACCGCGCGGACCUGAUCGUCGCAGUUCCUCGAACCAGUCGGUGACGCUACCGAGCGUUUCACGUGGAGGACAGCAAGUGCGAAAACUGCGCGUGACAUCUCGCUCAGCUGUUUCUUGCUGCCAAGUGGACCGCGCCUACGGUAGGGACGCUGAAGGGGCUCGUUAUGUGAGGAACCAAAAACCCGGACUCAACCUGCCACCGCUCCACCGCAAGUCUUCUUGUGAAGAUGGCAAACUUUCCAAGCAAUUGAAGGCUACGGUCGACUCUAAAACAGCCGGGGGCGCGGCCGGCAUGCUGCAGCCGUGGCGCAAGCGGCGGCCUGGCGCCUGGAGCCCGUGCGCCGGCCGCCGGUUUCCUCCGCGGGCCGCGCACGCGGUCCUGGUGGCGGCGGCCGCCUGCUCGGCGUACGCCUCGUCGCUGGGCGUCGGGCUGGUGUUCGACGACCUCGCGGCGGUCAAGGCCAACCGGGACCUCAGGCAGAGCACGCCCGUCGCCAACCUUUUCUUCAACGACUUCUGGGGGACGCCGCUUCGGAAGGAACAAAGUCACAAAUCCUACCGUCCACUGACAGUGCUGACGUUCCGACUCAACUUCGCUGUCCACGGUCUCGAUCCGUUCGGCUACCACUUGGUGAACCUUCUCUUGCACGCCCUGGUGUGCCUCCUCUAUCACAGGAUGUGCCUGAUGCUCCUGCCGGACUGGACGUCUCUGCUGGCGGCGCUGCUGUUCUCCGCCCAGCCAAUCCACACUGAAGCCGUGACCAGUAUAGUGGGGAGGGCGGAGCUGCUUUCUGCAGUAUUCUUCUUGGGUGCCUUACUUUUCUACAUUCGACACGGAGCUAGUACUGCGGUCUGCAAAGAACAGACUAAUGGUCACUGGAGGCGUUGCCUAACUACGUUCGCUCUGGCAACGGCGGCGAUGCUUUGCAAGGAGCAAGGCAUCACAGUUCUUGCAGUCUGCUGCAUCUACGAGCUUGCUUCAUGUGCUAAUCCCUGGAGCUCGUCGUGGACAACUGCGUGGGGGGCGCUGAAAGAUAGCCUCUACCGAGUAUUCACGUUGGCGUCAUUGGCAACUGCAGCAGUUCUGGCGCGCAUUCACUUCAAUGGGCCCCACCUGCCUGCCUUCAACCGUUUCGACAACCCGGCAUCAGUUGCCCCGUCGCCGUCGCGCCAGCUGACCUACAACUAUCUGACAGCGUUGAACGCCUGGCUCCUAGUCUUCCCUAGUGAUCUCUGCUGUGAUUGGACAAUGGGAACAGUGCCGCUAGUGACGUCGCUGGCGGACGUGCGGAACCUCGGAACGAUCGCCCUUUACCUUUUCUUAGCGAUGGCUACCAGGGCAGCGCUCCGAGCUGACGAGCAACACCGAAAGCCAUUGCUUAUGGGUCUGUCCUUGGCUUGCAUACCGUACCUACCUGCGUCCAAUCUCCUGCAUCCUGUGGGCUUCGUUAUCGCUGAGCGGGUGCUCUACCUGCCAAGCCUAGGUUUCUGUCUCCUGGUGGCACAGGGUUUCAGCCUCCUCUGGCAGCAGCACAGGUUUCAUGGAGCUUGGCUUAAAGUGGGCGUCACCAUAUUGCUUCUUACCCACUUCACUAAAACGUUUCUUCGUAACUAUGACUGGUCGUCCGAACAAGCCUUGUACCAGUCCGCGCUUCGUGUGAAUCCAAGGAACGCAAAAAUGUUGAACAAUCUCGGACAAGUCUUGGAAGCGUCCGGAGCAUUCGAAGAAGCGCACUCUCACUUCACUCGGGCAAUCAGGGCUGAGCCUGAUGACAUUCGAGGCCACCUUAAUUUGGGCAGGCUUUUGACAACUAUGCGCCACUACGAAAAAGCUGAAGCCGCUUUCGUGAAGGCCUUGAGCCUCCUGCCAAAGCCCGAGUCCAGCCAAUCCCCUAGCCUUGUGCGGGUCACUUCGAGCCACCUUCAAGUGUACCUCGACUUUGCGUUCUUGAUUGCGCAAAAUAGCAGUCGGAUGGAUGAAGCCGACAAGCUAUAUCAGGAGGCAAUCAGCCUCCGCUCAGACUUCACUGAUGCGUACCUAAACAGAGGAGAUUUCUUGCUUCGCAUGAACAGGACAAAGGAAGCAGAGGCUAUGUACGAGAGGGCUUUAGAACUAGAUGAGAACAAUCCAGACUUGUACUACAACCUGGGCGUCAUCCUCAUGGACCAAGGCCGCAAUGAUGAAGCUAUGGCUCUGUUUAACCGCGCGCUGGAGCUUGAUCCUGACCACGAGCACGCCCUUCUCAACUCUGCCUUGUUGCUUCAGGAAGCAGGAUCUGCAAGUCAGAAGAAAGUGGCCAAUGAAAGGUUGGAGAAAGUUGUCCACAGUGGAAAGAGAGACGAACGGGCCUACUUCCAUCUGGCCAUGCUGGCGCUUGACAAAAAAGAUCCAGUCGCCGCUGAGAACUGGCUGCGCAAGGCUGUACUGGUGCAACCUAAGCUGCGAAGCGCUCUCUUCAACUUGGCGUUGCUCUUGUCGGAGCAGCAACGCCCUAUGGAAGCCAUGAGGUUCCUGAAAGAUCUCCUAAAGUACCACCCGAACCACAUCAAGGGCUUAGUACUGCUCGGAGACAUCAACGUCAAUCACCUCAAGGAUUUGGAGGCAGCCGAAGAGUGCUACCGCAGGAUCCUGGCCCUGGACCCGGGCAACGUACAAGGCUCGCACAACCUGUGCGUCGUGUACGUAGAGCGCGGGGAGCUAAGCCGAGCCGAGCGCUGCUUCAAGCACGCCACCACGCUGGACCCGAACGCCACGUACAUCCGCAAGCACCUGCAGGUCACGCAGACGCUGCUCAGGAACCGCUCGGUGGACGCGGAGCGCCGCUCAGGCGCCGCCCUCGCCGCGCCGCAACCGCCCGUCCUGCAGCCGUUCGCUUCCGCCGCCGCCGCCGCCGCAUCGGCUACCAACGCGCAGUGACUCUGGACGCCCAGCAGUGGCAACGUUCGUGGCGAGAGCCGUGCGCCGUAGAAUGCGCUCCGAGAGUGGGCGCGCGGCUCCACAGAAGAGCGCGACCAACGUUCGAGACUGUUGGUCAGCCAACGCGGUUGAAGGGUCCACCGGCACGCACCGUCGUGGGUGAUCGCCCAGUGGCGACAGCUGCGAGUGCUCGCGAAUCGUUUCCGAUGGUGUUAGCAGGGGGCAUCUGCCAGCGUUCCUGGUGGCCUCUGCGCGCUGUUGGCUUUGCGCAAAGACGUUCCGCUAUGCUAUGACGCUUGUGCGACGACCUCCAAAUGUAGAAGACAAAGUGGAGGGAGGAAAGUCAUUUUAGUGGUUGUACAAAAGCCACUCUAGCUGCAUUUUUUUUUUCUUUCGCUCCGAGAAUGUAAUUGUGCACCUCGCUGCACGGUGAUACUUACAGUGGCACAUUCCUCAGGUUACAGACCGUACAGUUGAACGAGUGGCGUAUACAUCGCUUGUCAGUAGGAGCAUGUGGUUCACCAUGCCUAUUGAAAGUAUGUGUUGUGAAGGCUGAACUAUGAACGGAUGUGUCAAAGGUAGGCUGUUGUCCGACUUCGGCUGAGGGAGAGAGUACAUGAACACUGUCAGCCU